GCAGAAGCAGCUCGCUUCACCGUUUUCCCUUCCCAAUGGCCGACGCUCAUCCUCUGUACGAAAAAGUUGCAGUUAACCGAACUUCGCAGAGAGUGUUGGAUGUUAUCAUUUUCUUCCUCCUGAUUUUGCUGCUCGCCUAUCGCCUCCUCUUCCUCCGCAGCCAUGGCUUCUCUUGGCUCCAACUGAUUGCUUUCCUCUGCGAGUUCUGGUUCACCUUCACCUUCGCUCUCGCCGUCAAUGUCACUUGGAAUCCUGUCGAUUACAAAACCUAUCCAGAACGCCUCCUCAAACGAGUCGAGGAGCUUCCUCCUGUGGAUUUAUUCGUUACAACGGCUGAUCCAUUGCUGGAGCCGCCGAUAAUCACCGUUAACACGGUGCUGUCUUUGCUAGCAGUCGAUUAUCCGGCGAAUAAACUGGCUUGUUAUGUCUCUGACGACGGCUGUUCUCCACUCACCUUCUAUUCCCUCUCCGAAGCCCUGAAGUUUGCUAAGAUUUGGGUGCCAUUUUGCAAGAAAUACAAGGUUGAAGUUAGGGCUCCGUUUAGAUACUUCUCUAAUGCUAUAAUUUCUGAUGGAACAGCGGAAUUCCAGGACGAGUGGAGGAGGACGAAGGAUGAGUACGAGCAGCUACGACAGAACAUUGAGGAAGCUGCCAAAAAUUUUUCGUUUCUAGAGCUUACAGGCGAGUUGGCAGAUUUCUCCAACACACAAUCAAAUAAUCACCCUCCCAUAAUCAAGGUAAUAUGGGAGAACAAGGAAGGCCUUUGGGAUGGAUUGCCUCAUUUGAUUUAUGUCUCGAGGGAGAAGAGACCCCAACAUCCACACCAGUACAAAGGUGGCGCCAUGAAUGUUUUGGCAAGAGUCUCUGGAUUGAUGACCAAUGCCCCUUAUAUGUUGAAUGUAGAUUGUGACAUGUUUGUCAAUAACCCUCACGUUCUUUUACAAGGGAUGUGUCUCUUUCUAGACCCAAUUGUUGAUAAAGAAUAUGCAUUUGUUCAAUUCCCUCAAUGCUUCUACAAUGGGCUCAAAGAUGAUCCCUAUGGAAACCAAUGGACUGUCAUGAUGGAGUUCACUUUUCGUGGAAUGGCAGGGAUUCAAGGGCCUGGUUAUAUGGGAACAGGAUGUAUUCAUAGACGGAAAGUCUUAUAUGGUCAAUUCCCAGAUGGUGCAAAUAUUGGCGGAAAACAUUAUGACAAUGAAUUGCAUAAAAUAUUUGGAAAUUCUAAAGAUUUCGUAAACUCAGCUGCUCUUGCUUUGAGAAGCGUUACUGAUCAUCCAAAUUCCCUAUCCAGUUCUAUUAGAACAUCAAUGGAAGUUGCUGCUUCUGAUUAUGAAUACAGUUCUUGUUGGGGUUCCAAGGUGGGGUGGCAAUAUGGAUCCUUAUUGGAGGACGCGUUGACUGGGAUGGAGAUUCAGAAAAAAGGAUGGAAAUCUGCAUACCUUACACCAAAUCCACCAGCCUUCCUAGGAUGUGCGCCCUCAGGCGGCCCAAUUCCAUUAAACCAUCAGAAGAGAGCAAUGACAGGACUACUUGAAAUUUUCUUCAGCAAAAAGUGCCCCAUUUUCACUGCUCUCUUUGAUAAGCUCCGAUUCAGGCAAUGUAUGGUUUAUGUGUGGAUGUCCAUUUGGGGCAUUCGUUCCAUUCCAGAGAUUUCUUAUGCUACUCUGCCAGCAUUUUGUCUUAUUGCCAACUCCCAUUUCUUGCCCAAGGUACAAGAACCAGUAGUCUGCAUACCUCUUCUGCUAUUCGUCUUAUACAACCUACAACAACUUUUACAGUACUUCGAAACAGGCCAAUCAGCAAGAGCCUGGUGGAAUAACGAGAGAAUGGCGAGGAUAAACACAAUGUGUGCUUCCUUGCUUGGGGCAGUGGCUGUGGUUCUGAAGCUUUUAGGACUGUCGGAGACUGUGUUCGAAGUAACGAAAAAGGAGUCGGCGGAGACUAGUGAUGGAGAUUUGGGACAGUUCACAUUUGAUGAGUCCCCACUAUUUGUGCCAGGCACAACUAUUUUGAUGAUUCAACUGGCAGCACUUUCAAUGGGUUUGUUCGGCAGGCAGCCAAUUGUGCAGGAGUUUGGGGUGGGGGAGGUGAUGUGCAGCUUGUGGUUGAUCUUGUGCUUAUGGCCAUUUUUGAAGGGGUUGUUUGCAAAAGGAAGAUAUGGGAUUCCAUGGCCUAUCUUAUUCAAAUCCAGUGCUUUGGCAUUCUUGUUUGUGUACUUGUGUCUAUAAUGUCUAAAAUUACAUGUGUUCAAGCUAGAAAUGUUAUAGGUAAAUUGGACAUAUUCACAUCAUACAUGUAUGUAUACAUGUACACAAGGUAUUUUGUAUAAUUUAGUUGGGUUUAGUUUUGUCCUCUUCAACCCUUCUAAAGUAUUUGGUCCUAUUUCUAAUCAAUAAAUCUCAUUUUGGCAUCUAA